CGGGGGGGCUGAAUUGGAACAUUCCAGUCGGGUGGUUCCUUCCAGCUCUGCACCGCUCUGACUGUGGGAUGCGCUGAUAGCUUUGUGUACAGCUAGUUUUCCUACACAUUUGACAUUUCUUCUAAGGGAGAGGGGACCCACCGGCCGGCGACAUGUCGAGUAAAAGGGCGAAGGGGAAGAACACCAAGAAGCGUCCCCAGCGGGCCACCUCCAACGUGUUCGCCAUGUUCGAUCAGUCCCAGAUCCAGGAGUUCAAAGAGGCCUUCAACAUGAUCGACCAAAACAGAGACGGCUUCAUCGACAAAGAAGACCUCCACGACAUGCUCGCCUCCUUAGGUAAAAAUCCGACCGACGAGUACCUGGAGGCCAUGAUGAACGAAGCCCCCGGCCCGAUCAACUUCACCAUGUUCCUGACCAUGUUCGGGGAGAAGCUGAACGGCACCGACCCGGAGGACGUGAUCCGCAACGCUUUCGCCUGCUUCGACGAAGAGGGCACAGGCGCCAUCCAGGAGGAGUUCCUGCGGGAGCUGCUCACGACCAUGGGCGACAGGUUCACGGACGAGGAGGUGGACGAGCUCUUCCGCGAGGCGCCCAUCGACAAGAAGGGCAACUUCAACUACGUGGCGUUCACGCGCAUCUUAAAACACGGCGCCAAGGACAGGGACGACUAGCGACGGCGGAGGCUCGCCCUGCUCUCCGCUCGCGUCUUGUAAACGGGUUUUCGGUUUCGUUUAGAUCAGCCCACAUCCUUAGUUUUGGCUCAUGCACAAAGCUUCUCUGAUGUACAGCCUGUUGAAGGUCAUUUGCUUAAGCUGCUUCCUGGACCCCUGGGUCCCCUCCCAACCCUUACGUCAGGGCUCGUUUUGCACAUCUGCGACGACACUACGGGGUCCGACUAUGUAUGUAAAGACGUAUGAAAAGACCCUCAUGGAGAAAGCUGGAAAUAAACUGACACGAGGUGUUUCCUCAAGACUAAAUACGAAA